AACGAUGAAGUGGCGACGACGAUUAAGAACCGGUAAAGAAUUAGGGCUUUUUUUUGAGAAGAUGAACAGCUUAUGGAGUACAAAAGUUUCGACAUGUAGAAUUGAUUUCGUGGUGAUGGAAGGCGUUUUAGAGAUGGCAGUUUGCAGAGAUGCAGAAGAAUUAUCGAUUGAAAGCUUUGAAAACGCCGAUGAAGAAAAUAAUUUUAGGGGAUCGAUAUUUAUAUGUAUAAUGACAAGUGCAGGUAAAUUUGGAGUAUUGAAAUUGGUUUGCUGAUUAGUAGGAACUGAUAAUUUCGAGAUUUGAGGCAAGGAGUGGGCGGGAAAAGAAGGCAUGUCAUAGCUGUGGUAGUGACACGUGGAAUGAAGGAGGUUUAAGAGGGGGACAUGUGGGAGAGGUUUUUAUUAAGAUGAAGAUCUAAUCUUUUUAUUUUAAAAUUAUUAUAACAAUCUUAUAUAUUAUCAUUCAUACAAAACAAGAUAUACUUAUUUUUUAUGAUUAUUUCCUUUACUUAUU